AUGCGGCAGCCUGCAGGUUGCGAUUCGCUGCUGGAACGAAGUGUUGCCACUGCGGAGACUGGGCUUCAUCGAAGUAAUUCGUAUUGGAGGUGUGAAAUUAAGAGGUGGAAGAAAAAUGCUGGAAUUGGAUUUUGUGUUGGGAUAGGAGGGAAGAAAAGCCGUGCAUUCGGCAGCAGUGCCGGGCGGUCUGUAGCGGCAUCUGCUGGCUCACGGCCGGGCCCGCCUCGCUCAGCGUGCCGCCUUUCUCCCCACAGGAAGGGCCUGUCCCAGUCCGCGCUGCCCUACCGCCGCAGCGUGCCCACGUGGCUGAAACUUACUUCUGAUGAUGUAAAGGAACAGAUCUACAAGCUUGCUAAGAAAGGCCUGACUCCCUCACAAAUAGGUGUCAUCCUGAGGGAUUCCCAUGGUGUUGCCCAGGUUCGUUUUGUAACAGGCAACAAAAUUUUGAGAAUUCUUAAAUCAAAGGGACUGGCCCCGGACCUGCCAGAGGAUCUUUAUCACUUGAUCAAGAAGGCUGUUGCUGUUCGCAAACAUCUUGAGAGGAACAGGAAGGAUAAAGAUGCCAAAUUCCGUUUGAUUCUGAUUGAAAGCAGAAUCCAUAGGCUGGCUCGCUACUACAAAACCAAGAGAGUGCUGCCACCCAACUGGAAGUAUGAAUCAUCGACAGCUUCUGCCCUGGUCGCAUAAGAGCUGACUAUGACUUACUGAAAAAGAAUAAAUUUUGAUUAACUUUG